AUGGGCCGUGGAAGGCUGAAGAUGGAACUGAUAGCGAACGAACGAGCUAGAAAAACAACAUUUCAGAAGAGAAGGAAGGGCAUGAUGAAGAAGGCCUACGAGUUUUCAACUCUUUGCGAAUUAGAUGUCUGCAUGAUCAUCUAUGGCCCUAAACAGACUGAUCGGCCUCCUGAACUCCACACGUGGCCCGAAAACCGCGACGAGGUUGACCGCAUAAUCAACAAGUACAAGGCCAGCAUCAUGCGCAAACCAGCCAAGAAAACCUUUGAUUUGUCUGACUUGUUGAGGGACAGGAAAACCAAGGUCCAUGUUGACAUCUACAGAGCGCGGAAGGAGAUGUAUGAGGCCAAGUAUCCAACAUGGGAUGAACGUAUUGAAAGUUUUUCCGAAAAUCAACUGGAGGCGCUUCUGAAUACGCUGGACACAAAGCUCGAGUCUGGCAAGAGAACAUUACUUAACAAGAGGAAACAAUCAGCCGAAUGUCAUCAGCAUCAAAUACAUUGCAUGGGAAAAGCAGCACCAAACAAAAUAAUGUUGAUGGGUGGAAACCCUAAUAAUAAUAUCAUUGGUGAGUCACCAAGUCAAAAGCAGCCUUGUAACUAUUUCAUGCAAGGCCAUGUGCGUGAGGAGGACCAAAAGCCUAUGAGAUCUUUGAGUAAUAAUAUGGUGGAUAUGCAUCCAGUCUCAUCAUUUGAUCAUCAUCAUCAUCAAUCGUCUGAUCAAAUGCUUCAACUUGACAAUUCAAAUGAAUAUUUGAAUAGUCUUGUGGCUCAUAAUCCGAGUCCCAUGGCAAUGUGGAUGUUGAUGGAGAGCAACUAUAACUAUAGUACUCUUCAAUUCAGCUCAGGGGCUUCCAGCAGUGCUCAUUCUCAAUCACCACUGGAGGGGUAUCAAAGUAAUUUCAAUGAUCCAAUGAUGCAGUCCACGGUGGACAAUAUGAAUAUGAACAUGAUGAUGUUAAAUGGUAACAUUAAUCCUCCAAGUUCCUCAUCCAUGAGCCAGUACUAUGCUCGGCUAAUGCACCCAACUGUGCCCUACAUGCAGCAGUAUCCGAUGAUGCCGGCGGCCGGUGUUUCGUCUCAUCAAGUUCAAGUGCAUGCUUCUCAAGGCAAAGAUGAACCGUACGAAAAUAUCAACCAAUAUGUGGUCAUGAAUAACAGGAUGGUUUGA